CAUUGUUUGAAUUUGAAAACGGAGAGCAGGGGACCGGCGGUGCUGCAGAAUGGAAUCUCAUUUGAAUCAAGAUGGAUUGCCCAGACCAUCUUAUGUUUUUAGUGCUGAUCCAAUUGCAAGGCCUUCGGAAAUAAAUUUUGAUGGCAUUAAGCUUGAUCUCUCUCAUGAGUUUUCCUUAGUUGCUGCAAACCCUGGGGCAAACAAUCUGGGAUCUAAAAAUUACCUCCAAGUUUGUCUUCGAAUAAGACCAUUCACACAGUCAGAAAAAGAACAUGAGGCUGAGGGCUGUGUACAAGUUCUGGAUUCUCAAACUGUCCUGUUGAAAGAUCCCCAAAGCAUCCUUGGCCAGCUAAGUGAGAAGAGCUCUGGAUUGAUAGCACAGAAAUUCAGUUUUUCUAAGGUUUUUGGACCUGAAACUUCACAGAAAGAAUUCUUUCUGGGUUGCAUUAUGCAGCCAGUAAAAGACCUCUUGAAAGGACACAGUCGGCUGAUCUUUACAUAUGGGCUGACCAAUUCUGGGAAAACAUAUACAUUUCAAGGUACAGAAGAAAAUAUCGGUAUUCUGCCUAGAACACUGAAUGUAUUGUUUGAUAGUCUUCAGGAAAGACUAUAUACGAAGAUGAACUUCAAACCACAUAGAUGUAGAGAAUACUUACGGUUAUCAUCUGACCAAGAGAAAGAGGAAGGUGCUAACAAAAGUGCAUUACUGCGGCAAAUUAAAGAGGUUACCAUACAUAAUGACAGUUACGACAUUCUUUGUGGAAGCUUAACAAACUCUUUGACUAUCCCAGAAUUUGAAGAAUCCGUGAACAAUUGUGACCAGUCUAGCCUGAAUGUAGAUAAUAUAAAAUAUUCUGUGUGGGUUUCUUUCUUUGAGAUUUACAAUGAAAGUAUUUACGAUUUGUUUGUUCCUGUAUCAUCGAAGUUCCAAAAGAGAAAGAUGCUACGUCUUUCCCAAGAUGUAAAGGGCUAUUCUUUUAUAAAAGAUCUGCAGUGGAUCCAGGUAUCUGAUUCUAAAGAAGCAUACAGGCUUUUAAAGCUAGGAGUGAAGCAUCAGAGUGUUGCCUUCACAAAACUGAACAAUGCUUCUAGUAGAAGCCACAGCAUAUUCACUAUUAGAAUAUUACAGAUAGAAGAUUCUGAAAUGCCUCGUGUAACUCGAGUUAGUGAAUUGUCUUUAUGUGAUCUUGCUGGUUCAGAACGCAGCAUGAAGACACAGAAUGAAGGUGAACGAUUAAGAGAGGCUGGGAAUAUCAACACUUCUUUACUGACUCUGGGAAAGUGUAUCAGUGUUUUGAAGAACAGUGAGAAGUCUAAGUUUCAACAGCAUGUGCCUUUCCGGGAAAGUAAACUGACUCACUAUUUCCAAAGUUUUUUCAAUGGCAAAGGGAAAAUAUGCAUGAUCAUCAAUAUUAGUCAGUGUUGUUCUGCUUAUGAUGAAACACUCAAUGUAUUGAAGUUCUCAACCAUUGCACAAAAGGUGUAUGUUCCAGAUACUUUAAGUUCUUCUCAGGAGAAAUCUUUUGGGUCCAUCAAAUCUUCUCAAGAUGUUUCAUUAGACAAUAAUUUGGAUGGUAAAAUACUAAAUGUAAAAAAAGCCACUGUUUCAUGGGAAAAUAGUCUAGAAGAUCUGGUGGAAAAUGAAGAUUUGGUUGAGGAUUCAGAAAAAUCCGAAGAAGCACAAAACAUGGAAACUGAACUUACUGAUGAAGAUAUAGAUAAAACGUUAGAGGAAUGUAGAGUCUUCAGAAGUCAUAAGAACAAGAAACUGUUGGACUUAAUAGAAGACUUGAAAAAAAGACUAAUAAAUGAAAAGAAGGAAAAGUUAACAUUGGAAUUUAAAAUCCGAGAAGAAGUUACUCAGGAGUUCACUCAGUAUUGGUCUCAACGGGAAGCCGAUUUUAAGGAGACACUUCUUCAGGAACGAGAGGCGUUAGAAGAAAAUGCUGAACGUCGCCUGGCAAUCUUCAAAGAUUUGGUUGGAAAAUGUGACACCCAAGAUGAACCAACAAAUAGAAAUUGUGCCAUGAAAGUUGAAACUGAAGGAGCUCCUAAUUAUAUAGGAGUUGAAGAUAUUAUUGAUUCUCUUGAAGAUGAUGUCACUGAUAUUAAGAAACAGGCUGAACUUGCUCAUUUAUAUAUUACAUCUCUUGCUGAUCCCCAGGAAGCUAUUGCUUGUUUGCAGCUAAAGUUUAAUCAAGUUAAGGCGGAAUUAGCUCAAACUAAAGAAGAAUUAAUUAAAGCCCAAGAAGAGCUAAAAAAUGGAGAGAGUGAAUCAGACUCUUUGGUUCAAGUGCUCAAGACAUCAAGUAAGGUUGAUACAUCUUUAAUCAGCAAUAAAUCAACUUGUAAUGAAGGAGUUGCAAUGCCCAAGAACAACAGAACCCAGACACAUUCCGAAAGGAAAAGAUUAAAUGAAGAUGUUCUUCAGCAAGACGAACCACCAGCAAAGAAAGGACUUAUGCUUGUCAGUCCACCCAUCACUGAAGAUCAAAAGAAAAGUGAAGAAAUGCAGCGGUCUAUUUCAGAAGGUGGGGAAGGCAUUAGAGUUUUACAAGAAAAGAACGAAGAACUAAAACGGCUUUUAAUUAUUGGUGAGAAUGAACUCAAAAGUGAAAAGGUGGAAAAAGCAGAAUUAAAUGAACAGCUUGUGAGUUUGCAGCAGAAGCUUUGUGUCGCUGAAGAAAAGAACUUGUCUCUGAGGACAAAGGUGGAGCAAAUCCAGGCCAGUUAUGACAGUGCAGUUGCUGAGUUACAUACGCAGAAAGCUGUGAACCAAGAGCAGGAGGAGAGGAUCCUGAAAUUGUCACAGGAGAUGGAAACUGCUACAAGAAGCAUCACAAGCAAUGUUUCACAGAUAAAACUAAUGCAAACAAAAAUAGAUGAACUGCGGUCACUUGAUUCACCUUCUCAUAUUUCAAAAAUAGAUUUACUUAAUCUCCAGGAUCUGUCACAUGGUCCUAAAGGGGAUAAUUUGCUGAACACAUCACUACAGCUUUCAGAUAAUGACUUGUCAAGCAAAUGGGUUAAGGAAUAUCAUAUUCAAGAGCACAAUAGGGAAAUUUCCUUCCACUCAGUUAUUGAAGCCAUCUGGGGAGUAUGUAAAGAGAUUGUGAAGACCUCCUCUGAAAAGUCUCAUCAGAUUCAGGGCCUGGAAGAGCAAAUUGAAAAAUUGCAGGUGGAAGUAAAAGGCUACAGGGAUGAGAACAAUAAACUACGAGCAAAGGAGAGUGAGGGUAAGCAUCAAGAUCACCAACUGAAAGAAAAAGAAAGUCUUAUACAGCAACUCAGAGAAGAACUGCAAGAAAAGAGUGUUAGUUUCGGGGUUCAGGUACAGCUUGUGGCCGAAAGAGAGCAAGCUCUUUCAGAGCUUACCCAGGAUGUUGCGUGCUAUACGGCAAAAUUAAAGGAACUUGAAAUGAUGGUAGAGACCAAAAAGGAUGAAUGUAGGCACUUAGCCGAAUUAGAGCAAGUCAUUUUAGAGAAGGAAUCUGCCAUCUUAAAUCUGGAAGCAAGUCUGAAGGAAUUUGAAGCAAGUCACCAGGAUCACAUCAAAAACACCAAAGAUUUAAAUGAAAAGGAAACCAAGUUGGAAGAAGAAAUCACACAGUUGGCAAAUAACUUGCAUAAUAUGAAACAGUCACUUCAGUUAAAGGAAGAAGAAAGAGAAGCUAGCAGACGAGAAACAGAAAAGUUGAAAGAGGAGCUUGCUGCUAACUCUGUUCUUACUCAGAAUCUCCAAGCAGAUCUUCAGAGGAAGGAAGAAGAUUAUGCUGAGCUGAAAGAGAAACUCACUGAUGCCAAAAAGCAGAUUGAGCAGGUACAGAAGGAGGUAUCUGUAAUGCGUGAUGAAGAGAAAUUAUUGAGGAUUAAAAUUAAUGAGCUGGAGAAAAAGAAAAACCAGUAUUCUCAGGAAAUAGAAAUGAAACAGCGGACCAUCCAGCAGCUCAAGGAGCAGUUAAAUAAUCACAAAAUGGAAGAAGCUGUACAACAGUAUGAGAGAGUAUGCAAAGAUCUAAGUGUUAAAGAGAAGGUGAUUGAAGACAUGAGAUUGACACUAGAAGAGCAGGAACAAACUCAGGUAGAACAAGACCAAGUGCUUGAGGCCAAGUUAGAGGAAGCUGAUUGGCUAGCCAGAGAAUUGGAUAAAUGGAAAGAAAAGUUCAAAGAUCUGGAAGCUAGAAGUAAUCAACGCUCAAAUAAAGAACCUGUGGAUGACCCAGAUGUACUUAGGAAGAAGCUCAGUCAUCUUCAGGAUGAGCUGCAGGAAUCCGAAGAGAAAUAUAAAACUGAUAGAAAAAAGUGGUUAGAGGAAAAAGCAGCCCUUACCACUCAAGCAAAAGAAGCUGAGAAUCUACGGAACAGAGAGAUAAAAAAAUACGCUGAAGACAGGGAGCGCUGUUUAAAGCUACAGAAUGAAGUGGAAACACUAGCAGCACAGCUGGCAGAGAAAACUGCUGACCUUCAGAAGUGGAGAGAGGAGCGGGACCAGCUGGUGACAGCAUUAGAGGUGCAGCUGAAGGCGCUGCUCUCCAGCAUUGAGCAGAAGGAGGAGGAAAUCCAGCAACUGAAACGGGCUGCAAGGGAAAGCAUGGGGCCGGAAAACCAAACCAUGAAUCUCAAGCCUGAACAUAGUGGUUCACUUGAUGUUGGUGGAGUUGAAACUGAACCUCAAUCAACAAGUUUUGAAAUUUCUAGGGAUACAGCAGAGGAUGGAUCUGUAGUUCUGGACUCUUGUGAAGUGUCAACAGAAAAUGAUCAAAGCACUCGAUUUCCAAAACCUGAAUUAGAGAUUCAGUUUACACCUUUGCAGCCAAACAAAAUGGCAGUGAAGCACCCUGGUUGUGCUACACCGGUCACAAUUAAGAUUCCCAAGGCACGGAAGAGGAAGAGUACUGAAAUGGAGGAGGACUUGGUGAAAUGUGAAAAUAAGAAGAAUUCUACACCCAGAAAUAAUGUGCAGUUCCCUGCUUUGGUACAUAGAGAUUCCUCAGUCAAAAAAGAUCAAAAGGUUUCCUUAUGUCCAUCAUCUAAGAAAACAUACUCGUUACGGAGCCAGGCAUCUACAGCUAGUGCAAACAUAGCCUCUAAAAAAAGAGAGGGAACACUACAGAAAUUUGGAGACUUCUUGCACCAUUCUCCAACAAUUCUUCAAUCAAAAGCAAAAAAGAUAAUUGAAACAAUGAGUUCUCCAAAGUUCUCAGCUGUAGAAGUAAGUAAAGAAAAUGUGUCUCAGCCAAAAAAAGCCAAACGAAAAUUAUACAGAAAUGAAAUUUCAUCUCCCAUCAACAUAUCUGGCCAAGUGAUUUUAAUGGAACAGAAAGUAAAAGAAAGUGAUCAUCAGAUUCUCAAACGACGGCUUCGAACAAGAACAGCCAAAUAAAUCACUUUGGGAAACUGUUUCAAUGUCAGUUUUAUAUUCACAAUUAUUGUAAAUUAUAAGUUUUAAAAGUUAAUUGUAUAUAUUAUGCACCAAAUGCCUCUGUAUAGAUUGGUGUUUUAUAUAUAAUUGUAACUCAA